UAAAAACGGGCUUUAUCGUACAAAUUCAUAAAAACAAAAAAUAGCUUUUUGGUCUUCGUUUAAGGUUAACUGUGUUGUUCAUGUUAGGUUUAAAAUAACAUUUUAAGAAGAUCAAUUGUAGAAAUAGGCGGCCCUUAUCACUUUGUGGCUAUGGUAACUAACGUUCGUGACGACCAAGUCAGUUCAUCCCACUGCGUGAAGUCGUUCGGCAAAUAUGUCUGCUACGGAUGUAGGCGGUUGUGGACCCGGAGCAGGACCCAGUUCGGGUGCUGGGUCCGGGGCAUCAAACCCUCGAAAAUUUAGCGAGAAAAUAGCUCUACAUACCCAACGUCAGGCUGAAGAGACUGCCGCUUUUCAGGAGGUUAUGAUGGACAUCACCUCUACCAGGAUCCAGGCUCAGAAAGUGCGUCUGGCUAGAACCCAGGGCCCGUACUAUGGGGGCUCCCUACCCAACGUUAAUCAGAUCGGCAGGAACCCAGGCGACUUUCAGGGUUUAUUCCACUCUAACCUGGACUCCAGUCGCUCCACACGGCACCACGGGCUGGUAGAGCGGGUCCAGAGGGACAGACGCUUCAUCUCCCCAGUGCGCCCCUACAGGAGAGUGGACAGCUCUCCAUACAACUCAGCCUAUCUGUCCCCACCUCCAGACACCAGUUGGAGAAGGAACUGUUCGGGCAACUUCCCAGGAGACAAAAGCCAGUUAUUUCGCCUCCCCACCAUGGCACUCAACAGGACCAACUCAGACUCUGCCCUCCACACCAGUGUGAUGAACCCCCCUGCAGGAGACCCCUUCAGUGCUGGACACACACUCACCCCUCAGGGCAGACUCACAGGUCAGAGUGAAGGAGAGGGGAGAAGAAGUGAGCCUAAAAGUCCCACUAGCUUGUUUCCGUACCCAGUUCCCCCCAUUGAGGAGAACGUUCUGGAUCAGGGCAUACUGCUCAAGCCCUGGGACACCAAGAAGUUGCCCCUGCUGUCUUCUCGACCCAAGUCCUGUGAAGUUCCCGGUAUUAAUAUCUUCCCCUCCCCGGACCAGCACUCCAGCACCCCCCAUGCCCCCUCAGCCCUGAACACGGGGGGCUCCCUGCCUGACCUCUCCAGCCUGCACUUUCCGUCGCCGCUGCCCACCCCGCUGGACCCAGACGAGCCGGGCUACCCCUCGUCCCUGAGUGGGGGCAGCAGCACUGGCAACCUGGCCACCACCCUCACCCAGCUGGGCAUUAAUGCCAGCAACGCCUUCCGCCACUCGCCAGGUCUCCUGGCAUCUCUUCAGGGCACUCUCAGUAACCCCUCCUUGCAGUCCUCGCUAAGCAACCCCAACAUCCAAUCAUCUCUCAGUAGCCACUCCUUCCCCAACUCCCUCAGCUCCACCUCCUUGCACUCGUCGCUUAGCAAUCCGUCCCUGCAGUCCUCACUUAGUUCCUCCCCCUCCCUUCAGUCUUCCCUCAGCAACCAAUCCCUGCACUCCUGCCUCAGCAACUCCUCCCUGAGUGGCCAGUCCCUCCAGACCGCAGUCAGUAACCCUAGUUACAGUAGCGGGGUGGGAGGGUCCGGCUCGUGUGCCUCUUAUUCGCCUUUGUUAACUAGCCAGGGGCAGUCGCCUCUCAGCACGUCGCCACGGAGACGAGCUCAGCUCUCCCCUCUGAUCCUACCCAUGGGAGGGGAGUCUCGCCGGCACCACUCCAAACAGUUCUCCCCCACCAUCUCUCCUAACUUGUCCUCCAUAACACAGGGUGUCCCUCUGGACACCAGCAAACUGCCCAUGGACCAGAGGCUCCCUCCCUACCCCUUCAGCCAACCCCAGCAGCAGCUUCAUCAGCCAGGUCCUCCAACAUUCCAGCAGGCCUCUCAGGCAGGACAACAGCUCUCCCAGCCGUCCGUGGUACUACAACAACAGCAGCAGCAUCAACACCAUCAGCUGCAUUUGCAAUACCAGCUGCACCAGCAGCAACGUGCCCAGUCUCAGCAGGCCCUCCAGCAGCUGCACCUGCAGAACCUGCGCAAUGUCCAGAACCAGCAGCAUAGGGUGUCAGUCAAAAUUGAGAAGCAGGGUGAGCAGGGACAGAACUCCCAGUGCCUGCAGACGCAAGACCUCCAGUCGACCCAGCAGCAGCAGCAACAGGACCAGCAAGACCAACAGCAGCAGAUGGAGCAGCAAAGGCAGCAGGGAAGUCUUCCCCAGCUGCAGCACAUCAGCCAGUCCCUGGCCACAGACCUGGGCCUCUACAACGACACAUUACUGUUAAAUUCUCUGUUGAAUGAUCCCUACCUGGGCCUGCAGAUCGCCUCCAGACAGAACCAGCAGUUCAACAUGGAGACUCCGGGAGACAGCCUGUCAUUCAACCAUGGUGGCUUGGGCUGUGGGAGUGGUGGAAAGGACCAGGAGGAAUCCUACCACUCCAACCAUGGCUUCCUGGAGCUCCACGAUUCAGGGGAUAGGCAGCACCUUAACAACCAGAACUUUGGGGGAGAGGGAUGCCACAACGUCCCUAACAUCAUCCUCACAGGAGACAGUUCGUUGGGCCUCUCCAAGGAGAUCGCCAGCGCACUGUCCCACGUGCCAGGGUUUGAGAUGGACUCCUUUGCCCUGGAUGACCCCCUCAGGAUGGAUCCUCUAGCCCUUGAAGGGCUGGGCAUGCUGGAUGGGGACCUCAUGCUGACCGACCCCGCCGUGGAAGACUCCUUCCGCUCCGACCGCCUCAAGUGACCCCCCCGGCCUGGAGUGGAUACUGAGGAGUGCGGAGGGAAGGGGCUUGGAACAACCCCGGGCUGAAGCAGAACAGGUGGGGUUGAGCCCUGCUUUUCUUCCCCCUCCUUGGUGAUUGACCCAACCACAGGAUCUGCGAAUACGAGGUCAGGUGGGAGGUUUUGGACAGUCUAGUGCAGGGUUCUCUGACUGGUCCCGGAGAGAAACUGGAGAGCAGGCUUUUGAUCCACCAUAGUACUAAUAUACCUGUCAAAUAAUCAGCUAAUCACAGUCUUCAAUCUGUACCUUGAUUAUUUGAAUCGUGUGUGUUAGUCCUGGGCUUGAAUAGAAUUCUACAUGCUCUCCAGGACCAGAGUUGGAGGCACCUGGUCUAGUGGGGACCUCUCCACAUGCUUUUUGUGAGGUGAUGUGGUGGUGGGGAAGGUUCGAGGACAUGACUGACAUGUCAGUCGUGGCGCAAGUUUGUUAAAGGUUCUUUCCGCUACAUCCAGGCAUUUAUCGAAAACGCACUUAUGAUGCUGAAGAGAAAAAAAUCAAAUAUCGGCAUUAGCUUGUACGAGUCUUAUCUGCAUGUAAACAAAUGCACUUCGGAUAAUGCAUAAAUGCAGGGAUCACGCAUGAGGUCAGUUACACUUGAAAAUGCUGUCUUGAAAACCAUAUAAUAUGCAUUCUAUAAGACAGGACUUUUCCGACUGGUAUUUCGGCUUUGUCUGUCGGUGUUCCAUCAUUCCAACGCCAGUAUCGGGAGGCUAGAAUAUCAGCUAUGUUUGCCAUCAUUCUACUGCAAGAACAUACAGUAGAUCUGGGGUAUUUUCUGGAUUACAUCAACCCAACCAGAGACUGUUCAACCAAUAGUGGCCAAUUGACAUGCCAUUAAGUGUUUCCAUUUUAUUUAAGUUUGGUGAAGGUAAUUCAAUGGCGGACCUAGCUAGCUAUAGUUCAGAUAGAGUUCAGUGUUUCAACGGACAAAGAGAAGAAAGUGUGUUUUUGGAGAGGUGACUUUCUCAGUCCCUUGGGACAAGUUGGCACUUACGGGGCCAUUUUAGUGUCUGGACAGCAUAUUCGUCUGUAAGAAUAUCACUGUCUGUUCUAGACCCAGCUAAAUUGACCUUUCUCAUUUGACGUCUGUUAACUCGAAUCGUCUUGAUCGUUCCGAAUCUAAAAAAUAACUAAAUCGAUUGUCUAAGGAUAUUGUCCUCAUAUUGAAUCAAGUAGUCCUUAGAGUCCAUUAUCCUGUCUAUUAAAAACAACACAUAAAAUAACACAUUUCACUGCACCUAUCUGGUGUAUGUGACAAACAUUUGUGUAUAUAUAUUUUUUUAUAUAUGUCCCAACAUGGCAGCUGUUGCCAUUCUGUCAGCCUGCUUCUAUACCAUGGAGCUUCUCUGUAAAUUUAAGCCGUGGACCUUUUGCUAUGUACCACCUCUGUGUGCCUGCUAUCCUGCUAGCUCCCCCUUAGAUCUUAGACCUACCCUCUUCUACACAUUCCCUUUGAAGCAACUAGGGACUGUUUGUUUUUAAAUGUGUACUAUUCACACAGUGUCUGCCUUCCAUCAAGAGAAUUGGCAUUGUUGACAUGAAAAAGAAAGAGGGGACAAAAGCCCUCAAUACAUUUCAAUGACAUGAGUUGUAUGUUUUAUCAUUUAGUAAUUGGGAAACGACAAGGCCAAAACCAUGUGAAUGCAUAGCAACAUUUUUGCCAUAGUAUGUAUUGUAACUGUUACUACUAUCCUAAGGCCUUGGAGCUUUAGUGUCCGUUUUAGUCAGGUAAUCCUAGCCACUGUGAUUGACACCUCUAACCCCUCCCACCUGCUGCACCUGUCUUGCCACAGCAAGGGCCAUAGCCAGAUUAUAGUAACAUAUUUUUAUCUAACAAAGUAGUUAUUACUAUGAAGUUUUAUUUUUUAAUUAAAGGUGGUCUUUGUAUAUAAAUGUAUAAAUAACUGAAUAUAUUUAAGAAGAGAAGCCGUUUGGUUCCGCAACACCCUGAAACCGGUUGCAUGAUUUGAAAAGCAACAGAUUCUGAACAAUGUAGUCCAUUUGCUAUGCAAAAUGUUCUUGUGCAUGUCUUGUGACUGUCUGGGAGUUGUCAAAUACAAUUUUUCAGAGAGUACAUUUGCAUCAUACUAUUGUAGCGAAAAAUACAUUUUUUGUAAAAUAUUUUUUUGCGUUUUUAAAUGGUCAUUUUGCUUUGGUGACAAUUUGAUAUUGGUGUCUAAAGACUACUGUAAGUUUGACAUUGUGUGGCAGCAACAGGAAGUUAGAGCGCUUGAGAUGAUAUCGUUUAACUUUCAUAAUGACAAAGAUUAUGGAAAUCAGCCCUUCUUUCCAGUGUGGACUGAAAGAGGCCAUGUUUGACAGACUUAAUAAACACAAGCAUUGCAACUUGGAUAUAGAAAGCUGUAUGCAACUGUUACAUCAGAUUUGUGGUAACAUCCAUCCUAAAAUGAAGUAGUGCUGUUCUGAAGUUGUGCUAACAUAGAGUUUAACCCCCUUAUUGACAAAUAUUGAAGUACCUCUAAUUACCGGUAUGCUUUAUUUCAACCAUAUUGCUUUUACACUGAUCAUAUGAGCCAAAUGCAAAUCUGUUUUGACAGGGAGUGGUGGUUGAAGUGGUUUGAGUAUCAAACCUAUGGAAAAACCCAUUCACUACGGCCUCCUAUCCAACAGUAAUAUUGUGGGUUUGCAAAGUCCCCUUUUACCACUGUGAGCCAACGUUGUGCCUUGGUGUAUAUCUUGCUUCUUACUGGGCUGGUGGUAUUGGCAAGCCCACAAGUCGUUUUGAAGAGCCAUAAUAAUGCAUUUCCAAUUUAGCCAUUAAUGAGGGGAGGUAUAAAAAUAAAGUUGGUGUGAAAAUCAA